UCUGGAUUUGGUUGUGGUUAUCAGGGGGAAGCUCCAGCUUUCUUUCUAGAUGAUCUGGAUAGGGAAUUUUCAAAUGGGUUCGCAUUAAAAGGCUCACAGACAACUACUGUAAUCGGUGAUAAAACGUAUGUGAUUGGUGGGACUGAUGACGAAUCGGCAUCAACAAUUGGAGUUCAGAUUUUCAACAGAUCCACGAGCGAAGUGACCAUUCCCACGGUGUUGGGAACAAAACCAAAGCAAUGUAAGGAUCAUGCAGCCCUGCUUUUAAAUGAAGACCGAAUAUUGAUUGUUAAGGGGGAUUCUACUCCUGAAGAUUGUGCUUGGCUUCUUGAGGUGGACACCAAAUUUGUUAAACAGCAGCAAAAUAAUUUUGAAACUGAGGUGGUGGCUUGGAGUAAGGGAGUAAGAGGUGACGCUGAGAAGCCCAUUGUUAUCAGCGGUCCUUCUGGGGUUGGGAAGGGAACAUUAAUAGCGAAACUCAUGAAGGAGUUUCCAUUCAUGUUUGGAUUCUCUGUGAGCCACACAACCCGUUCUCCAAGGGAAAAGGAAAAGGAUGGGGUUCAUUACCAUUUCACUGAUCGAAGUGUUAUGGAGAACGAGAUCAAAGAUGGCAAGUCUCUGUUCUCUCUUUUCUCUCUCAUCCUUUGCCCUACAAAUACGCCAUUCCUUGUUAAUUUUUCUCGCAACUUCUUCAACUCUUUUUUUCAAUCCCAAGUUGGUUCUUCUUUGAAAAACUGA